AGUAACCUUGUGUGUGUCUGUGUGCAGAGUGAACUCGGUCUGUCGCUGUCGGUUGAUUCGUGUCUUCAGAUGAACCUCGUUUACCAACAAGUUGUUCAAGAAACUUUGAACCUGCUGGAGACACAACUGACACACAACCAGCGACAACAGAAGGAACUCAUAUCUCAGCUGUCUGGACCAAUCAGAGAGUCUCCCAGAGAACAGUCCACCCCCUCCUCCUACCAGCGGCCAAUCAGCAUGUACCUGGGUCACUUCCUGAAGCCGUACUUCAAAGACAAACUGACAGGACUGGGUCCUCCAGCCAAUCAGGAGACGAAGGAGAAGGGACUUUAUGGAUCAGCACCAGCCUCAUUAAAACUCAUUAGAUGGGAGAGCUGGCAAAAGACUCUGUUGAUCCACUCGGUGUCCAGAGACAGUCUGAAGAGACUCAUCCAACCCAAACUGUCCAAGGUGGACUACCUGAGCCAGAAGCUGUCCUCAGCAGAGCAGACAGACAGGCAGCAGCUCAGAGAGCAGAUCGACAGUUUGGAGAGAGAGAUCGACCUGCUCAGAGGGAAGAAGGAGGAGGAGCUGAUUGGCGAUCGAUACGAAGAACACGACUGGCAGAAAAUCUCUAAUAUUGAUUUUGAAGGGACGAAGGACGCCGACGACAUCCGGAGGUUCUGGCAGAACUUCCUCCAUCCGUCCAUCAACAAGACGCGCUGGAGUCCAGAGGAGGUCCAACAUCUGAAGGAGGUCAGCAGGAGACACGGAGACAGACACUGGGACAGGAUCAGCAGGGAGCUGGGGGUGAGCAGGACGGCCUUUAUGUGUCUCCAGAUGUUCCAGCGUUUCGUCUCCGAUUCGCUCCGUCGUGGCAGUUGGACUCCAUCUGAAGACGCUCUGCUCAGAGAGCUGGUGGACAAGAUGAGGAUCGGAAACUUCAUCCCGUACACGCAGAUGAGUUACUUCAUGGAGGGUCGUGACCCAGCUCAGCUGAUCUAUAGGUGGAACCAGGUUCUGGACCCGAGCUUGAGGAGAGGACCGUGGACCAAAGAGGAGGACCAGCUGUUGCUCAGAGCCGUGUCCCGGUACGGAGAGAAGAACUGGUGGAAGAUCCGGCUGGAGGUUCCGGGACGCACUGACACCUCCUGCAGGGACAGGUAUCAUGACAGCCUGAAGGAGGGGAUGAAGAGAGGAGCGUUUGACAGACAGGAGAGAGAGCUGCUGCUGAAGCUGGUGGAGAAGCAUGGAGUGGGUCGCUGGGCGAAGAUCGCUGCUGAGAUUCCUCAUCGGAUUGAUUCUCAGUGUCUCAGAGAGUGGAAGAAACUGUGCAGACCUCCUGGCCAGAAACAACCAAAGGCUAAAAAACAAGCCGGCAGUCGAGGAAGAGAGAAGACGGUUGCCACCGCCAAGAACAUCAGGAGGCGACUGAUGACCCUAAAGGAGGAGGAGAGCAGUGAGGAAGAGGAGAUGGUGAUUCCCUACAUGGACAGUGAUGACGAGAAGAAGCUGGAGGUGGAGGAGAGGACUCAGGAGAAGCAGCAGCAGCAGCAGCAGCAGCAGCAGGAGGAGGAGGAGGAGGAGUACAGCUUCCCUCCCAUACAGGACUGGCUUCCAGCAGAAAGAGCAGAAACUGUGUCCUCCCUGAGCUUUCGCCCGGUGCUGCUGCCUUCCUCCACUGACGCUCACACCAGGUUUCCUGUCCGCUCGACUGUCGUUGGGAAGUUCGGCCGCUCCACGAUCUUCGGACCUCUGCCCAGAGAGCUGCAGCAGGACGAGCGCCACAACAUCAGCGCCAUGAUGAUGGUGUCAGCUGACCAGCUGCGAGUCCACCUGCAGCGCCGGGCGCACAAGUUCAACCAGAGCUCCCGAAAGCGGCGCCGCGUCCACGCCGGCUGGCAGCCGCUGCUGGGCCGGGCCACCGAUGUCGGGAUCCACUACAAGCUGCAGGCCGCAGUAACGCCGUGGAUCGGAAACCUGCUGAUCCCAGCCAACGCCAGGCAGACGGCGGCGGAUGUUCUGAGGGAGCGCAGGGAGAAGAAGGGCAUCUCCUCAACUCACAUCUUCCUGCUGCUGCUGCAGGCCACGAACGUGGACAUCAUCGGCUGUAAGGAGAUGAUCAAGCAGAGGAAAAACAAGGUGGUGAUGCUGACUCCGCCCAUAGACCCCGCCACCAUCAAGCUGAGGGGCUCGAGGACGGUUGCAGGAAUGCUGCAGCGGAGAGCCGUGACGGAGGAGCCGCAGACGGCAGAGCUUCAGCAGGCCUGCAUCCUGCAGCAGCUUCACGCCGUCCAGCAGCAGCAGAAGCUCAUCCUGCUGCAGCAGCCGCAGCCUCGUCCUGCCCUGAUCCAACCACCAAGGCCUCCUCAGCACCACCACGGCCUUCUCCUUCAGGGGAAUCCUCAGAGACCUCCUCAGAGACCUCCUCAGAGACCUCCUAAGAUGUCUCCUAAGAUGUCUCCUCAGAUGUCUCUUCAGAUGUCUCCUCAGAUGUUUCCUCAUGCUGUCUUCGUUCCUCAUCCCGUCAUGCAGCAUUUCGCUCCUUCCUCCCCUGCAGCUCCCAUCAGACCUCCUGCAGGUGAAGGUGUCAAAGGAGAAGCCACGAGGAUUCAGAGGACCAGAACUCUUCAGAAGGCCAGUGAAGUGAAGAUGUCGGUUCCACAGUCUACUCAGAUUCAGAUCCAGAACUCUCAGAACAUCAUCCUGCUCCCUCCUCAGAAGCUCCACCCCAUGCAGCUGGUAGCCCCUCCUCCUGCAGCUCCUCCCCCUCUCAGAUUGGACGUUCUUCCUGUCUCUGUGGACUCGUCCUCCACCAUGCCUUACUGCUUGGAUGGGGGCGUGUCUUUGAACCAGACCCUUGGUUUUGCCCCGCCCCCCCAGGUGCUGACCACUCCCACUGCUCAUUUCCCCAUCGACCAUGACUACUAUUGCCACGCCCCCAAACAUCCAAGCACCAAAGGUCAUUGCAGAGGGCGGAAGAGAGAGGAGGGGGAGGAGCCACAGCCAGUGACGAGCAGUCAGGACGACCAAUGGGUGUGCGGGACGGGUUCAGGUGUGAUCCUGGAAGGGAAGAGGGUUCGGAAGCCAAGUCAGAAGGCCAGAGCGCUGCAGGAGGCCACCGAGGCCAAGGUGAGAGCAGAACCUGUCACACAGUGUAGCAGCAGAGCAGCACAGGUAAGAUGGUCCGAAGAGCUUCAGGCCCUCAUAUCAGCUGUCCCCCCCCUCCUCCCUCCCCUCCAAACACCAACACUCCCCUUCUGUCCCCCCCCUCCUCCCUCCAAGCUUCUCCUUCCUUAUAAGGGCGUGGUGAGAGUGGACCCAGCGGAGCCCCCCCCCCUCAGGAGGGAGGCGCUGCAGUUUGACCCCGCCCUCAUGUUCAUGGAGCCACAAGCGGAGGUGUGUGAUUGGCUGAGUGGGAAGGCAGGGGUGAUGGUACCUGGAGCAGGCGUGGCCUUGCCCUACCUGCCGCCAUUUGUCAGCAGUCUGAGCACGCUCAGUGCGCUGCUCCGGUCUACAAAGUCCCUCACUAAGGCAUCUCUGCAGCUGUUGUGUCAAGGCUCUGAACCCCGACGCCCCCAGACCAAACCCACACCUGACAGACCUGAGAGCAGCACCGAGAGCGCUACUAGGCAGUCGCCACCUGACCUGCCAGACUCCACCUCUGACCUCAGAGCGUCUGAGGAACAACCAGCUCCCUCCCUCAGUUCAGCCCAGCAGCAGGAGGAUGAGGAAGACGAGGGGGCGACGAUGGUGGCGGCGGUGCGACACCUGGUGGCGGAGCGUUUUUCAGGUAACCCCGCCUACCAGCUGCUGAAGGCGCGCUUCCUGUCCUGCUUCACUGUCCCCGCCCUCUUGGCCACUGUGCAGCCAAUCUCAAGAAAGACUGUGGACUGCCCAACCAAUCAGGAGGAGGAGGAGGAGGAGGGCCUGAGGAAGGCUACAGAGAGAGCAGGACAGAGGAAAGCUCAGAGAUCUUCGCUGCUGAGCGACGCCGUCGGAGCUCCAGCCAAUCACUUCUCAGGGAUCAUCAACGCCAGCAGACUCUCCGCAGACCGGGCCAGACCGGACCAGUAGAACCCACAUGUCCGGGUCACAUGCUCAGCUAACUGGUGUUGGUACCUCAGCUGGUUUCCUGGACGACGACAGAAACCUUCUGAUCUGCUGCAUUCAAGGACCCUCAGACUGUGUGACUUUUUGUAACUCACAAAUGUGGAACAUCUGAGCGUCCUUUAAUGCACCAGCAGGCAAAUGAUGAACAGAAGCAGAGUCGAAGCAGGUGAACCAGCUUCAGGUGGGCUUCCUACGAUUGACGGAGCAGAUUGAUCGGCGGCUAGUUAUUGAUCAGGAGGGAGGCGGCCUGGGCCAUUCAGGAACCUCAGGAGAAGUUUUAAAGUAAUGAAGUUGCACUAAAAGCUGUUUUUUGUUGUUGAUGAUGUUUGUUGUUGUUGAGAAUGUUUGACACAUGGUUCAGCUUCUGGACAGAAGAAGUUACUUUGAGCUGAAGGUUUUCUAAUAAAGACGUUUCUGUGAAAUGA